AUGAGUGAAAGUGAACACAAUUGGGUGCCCAUUGAGUCCAACCCGGAGGUGAUGACAGAGUUCUUGUCGGCCAUAGGAGUGGGCGAUGAGUGGGGUGUCGUCGAUGUGAUUGGUUUGGACGAAGAGUUGCUUCAAUUCAUGCCAUCGCCGGUACUGUCACUCAUCCUCCUGUUUCCAGUCAAUGAAGACGACAACCAAUCGACUGAACACACGAACCAAGAGGUGACUGACGACAAGGAGAGUGCCGUGUAUUUCAUGAGACAGACCAUUAACAACGCGUGCGGAACCAUUGCUCUGAUCCAUGCGGUGGCCAACAAUUGCCAUCGAAUCCAAUUGAAAGACAAGUCGAGUCUCAAGACAUUCCUCGACUCGAGUCGAGACCUAAAGCCUGAAGAGAGGGGACGACUACUUGAGGCGAACGCAGAUAUCUGUAACGCUCACCACACGUACGCCAAAGAGGGCCAGACAUCGGCACCGGCGGCUGACUCACACAUUAACAAUCAUUUCGUGGCUUUACAAGUCUCGUUACCGAAAGACAUGCUUAACCUGCCUGCGGCUAGAGUAGGCAAUUUAGUGCCUUUCUGUAGUCUUCUGUGA